AUGCCUCCGAAGCGUCGCUUGACAGUCGAACUCGAAGGAAGCCGUUUAAAUCAUCACAGGAACCAAAGCGCUGCAGAACACAUUUUCAUCUUUCGCCGUCGGCGCCGAAGCUAUCAUCGCCGGAAACAUCACUCGAUUCGACGAUGCAGCGACCUCGUGGCGUGUCGGGGCUCAUGUUUUCCGUUACGUUGGACCCUCGGCACGGUGCCGGUGUGGUCACUAUCUGACAACAAUCCAUCCGCAGGCGUCCGAUUGGGGUUGCGGCCACUCCCACCUCAGCAGGCAUCCAUGACACCAAGAGGUGAGCCCAGUUCCUCGAUCGCGAGCUCAUCAACCAGAAAUCUAUUACCUAGACCUCUCACUUCCACUCAGAAAUUGUCCUACGCUGGAACGGAAGCGGCCGAGGACCAUGAGGAUGACCCCCAAGGACGUGAGGAUGACGACGACUCCCACUUUGUCAAACUGACAAGAAGGGAGAGCGGAUCGUCCGGCCUGGAACUCAAACAACUUCCACUCCAGCUAGGAGACCGGGUUCUGGACUGUCAUCGCUUUCGGAAGUCCACAAGAGGCUCAAUAUUUUUCACUUAG